AUGGAACUUGAUGCUGAUUUUAUUACAUUUACUAAUAUUCUCAAUGGAUAUUAUACUAUUCUUGAAGAAUGUAAUUGUAGUGUAAAUUCUGCAUUAAAAGAAUGUCAAACACGAAUUGAUAGAGUUAUUGAAGCUAUGAAUGCACCAAGACAAUUAUACAAAAUUAGAGAACAAUAUUUUACAGACAUUGAUGGAAAUAGUCCAAUAUUUUUUGAAAAAGCACCUUCAACUCCAAAUAAAAUAUUCUCCUUUCAAUGGAAAAAAGAAGAUCGAUUAGUAUUAUUAAAUAUUGUAAAUAAAAUUAAAGUAAUGAUUUUAAAUCAAAAAUGGAAUCAAAUGAUUCAAGAAAGAGAAAGCAAUGGAUUAAUAAAAGAAUUUGAACUACGUAUUCUUGAAGAAAAACAAAGAAUAGCUCAACUUCAAAAAAUAAAAAUACUUAAAGAAGCAGAAAAAGCAAAACAAAAUUUAGAACAAAUAGAAACAUCUAAAGAAUUUCAUAAUUAUCAAAACAUUCCACCUCCAAUUAAAUUAACUACAGAUUCAUUUUCAAAAGAAAUAAAAAAAGAAUUAAUUGAUGAAAUACCAAAACAAUCAAAUUUAAUACUUACUAUUUCAUUAAAAAGAAAUGAAACUAAUCAUCCUGAAAUGAUUGAUAAUAAUCUUACUUCAAUUUUAGAAGAAAUGAGAUCAAAACCAUCAGAAGAAUUACAAAAAAUAAUUGAUAAAUUUAAUAGAAUAUAUCCUGUUCAAUAUAAUGAAAAAACUGAACUUUAUUUACAACAAAAGAAAACACAAGUAGAAUUAGAAGGUAGAAGAAAUAUUUUUUUAGCUCUUCAAUAUAAAAGAUUAUUUACUCAAGAAGAAUUCCUAAAAUACUUAAGAGCUAUUUGUGAUUCAAUUAUUAUUUAUUAUGAAAUGUUUAAAAAUGAAUUUAGGAUUAAUAAUAAUAAUAUUCAUAUUUCAGAUAAUUUCUGGAAAAUUAUUUGUGAAGAAAUAGGUAAUCAUAAUCCUUUAGAUUGUAAAUUACAAUAUGAUUAUAUUAUUAAAUCACAACUUUAUUCAUCACUUGAAAUAAUUCCUGAUAUUAUUUCUCAAAUAAAGUUAUUUGCUAAAAAAUUAAAUAAUCCUACAAUUAUUAAUAAUAAAAAUUUAUUUAUUGCAUUGAAAAAUGAAAUGAUGGAAUUUGCAGAAGAUAAUAAUAUUAGUUAUAUAUUUCUUCUUAAAAAAAUUCAAGAAAUUAGAAUGAAAGAAAAUAUGAAAUAUGGACCAUUUAGUAAAGAAGAAGAUAAAAAAAUAUUAGAAGCUGUAAAAAAAUAUGGUAAAGGAGAUUGGAAAUCUGUUGAAACUGAAAUUGAAGGAAGAACAUGUCAACAAGUUAUGAAUAGAUAUGAUAAAGUACUUGUUAGGAAAACAUGUGGAAAAUGGAGUCCAAUUGAAAAAGUUAAAGUUAUCAUUUGUCAAAAGUUAUAUCCUAAUCAAUGGAAAAAAAUAUCUACUUUUAUUCCUAAUAGAACUGAUGCUCAAAUUAGAGAUUUUGUAAGUAAUUCUGCUGCUUCUGGAAUUAAAAAAAGAAAAUCUUGGACUGAAGAAGAAGAUUUAAUCUUAAUUGAAAAAUUAUAUGAUCCAAAUUAUAUCUAUUCUAUUAUCCUACCUAAUACUCCUGAAGCUAUGGAAAAAGGUAAACCUUCUAAAAUUAAAGUUGAACGAAGUGGAAAACCAAAAUGGUCAAAAAUUGCUUCUCAAAUUCCUGGAAGAGUUGAUUGUCAAUGUCGUGGUCGUUAUGAUGCUAUUCUUAGGUUUUUAAAAGUUACUACAAAACCAUCUAAAUCUUUAAUGCUUGAAGCUGCCUCUCAACUCCGUGGUGAUGGAAUUAAAAGAAGAAGAUCAAAAAAACAGAUUGAAAAUGAUCUUCCUCCGAUUGGAUAUCCUGAAAUAACAAAAAAAUUAAAAUCUCAAUUAAGAUUAAAUUUAUAUUCAUCAAAAAUCUCAAAAAAUAUUCAAAAAUAA